AUGGCUUCUCCCUGCCGCAGGUCCCUGAAUCCUAAGACUCUGACCCUCCUUCUGGUGGGUGUGAGUUUCUUGGCCCUGCACCUCUGGUUCCUCCAAGCCUCCAGGUCCCAGCGGAAGAAGAUGUGGGAUGGCUCUACGGAGGCUGCCCCUGCGGCCCCUGCGGCCGUGCAGCCGUCGGCGUUCAGUUCAGGGUCCCCGUGUGUGGCCAACGACUCGGUCAACGCCACGGUCGACUUCGAGCAGCUGCCCGCACGCAUCCAGGACUUCCUGCGGUACCGCCACUGUCGCCACUUUCCCCUGCUCUGGGACGCGCCAGCCAAGUGCGUGGGCCGCCGCGGGGUCUUCCUGCUGCUGGCGGUCAAGUCGUCGCCCGCCAACUACGACCGGCGCGAGCUCAUCCGCCGCACGUGGGGGCAGGAGCGCCGCUACCACGGGCGGCAGGUGCGCCGCCUCUUCCUGCUGGGCUCGCCCGCGCGCGAGGACGCCGAGAGCGCGGGCCGGCUGGCGGCGCUGGUGGAGCUGGAGGCGCGCGAGCACGGCGACAUGCUGCAGUGGGCCUUCACUGACACCUUCCUCAACCUCACGCUCAAGCACCUGCACCUGCUCGACUGGCUGGCCGGGCGCUGCCCGCACGCGCGCUUCCUGCUCAGCUGUGACGACGACGUCUUCGUGCACACCGCCAACGUGCUCCACUUCCUGGGCACGCAGCAGCCCGAGCGCCACCUCUUCGCCGGGCAGCUCAUGGACGGCUCGGUGCCCAUCCGCGACAGCGGGAGCAAGUACUUUGUGCCCCCGCAGCUCUUCCCCGGGGAGGCCUACCCGGUGUAUUGCAGCGGCGGCGGCUUCCUCCUGUCCCGCCACACCGCCGGCGCCCUGCGCGUGGCCGCCCGCCACACCCCGCUCUUCCCCAUCGAUGACGCCUACAUGGGCAUGUGUCUGAAGCGCGCCGGCCUGGCGCCCAGCAGCCACCAGGGCAUCCGGCCCUUCGGCCUGCAGCUGCCCGGCGCCGCCAAGUCCUCCUUCGACCCCUGCCUGUACCGCGAGCUGCUGGUCGUGCACGGCUUCGCGCCCUACGAGAUGUUGCUCAUGUGGAGGGCGCUGUACAACGCCGGGCUGAGCUGUGGCCGGGGCCCGAGGGUGUCCUGA